AUGAUUCGAAAUGAAGAAGAGACCAAUUUUUCUAGGCAGGAGAAGUUUAGAGUUGAAACAUUUAUAGUUAUAAUGGACAAAUUAGAUAUAUGCCUGCUAAAAAGACUUGAAAAAUAUAACGAUCUAGAUAGAAAGUCUGGGUUUCUUACUUAUUUUAAAUCUAUGACUGAGAAAGAAAUCGUGGAUAUGGCAAAAUAUCUUGGUAAAAUAUAUCCGGACGACCUUGAUUAUGACAUUUUUCCCGAAGAAAUGAUACAUUUUACCAAAUUAGUUGAUGAGGAAGAUGAAGAAGGAAAAAUUAAAAUGCCACCAGCACUAAAAUGUCUUCAAAUUAUACACGAUAAUAAACUCAAUUCAGUGUUUCCUAAUGUGGAAGUAGCAUAUUGA